AGGCAAGAAGAAGUCAUCCAUUUCAGUUCCAAGCAUCAAUGAGUUGGGCUUUGGUGGCCUCCACGAGUAACAGAAGAUCAGUCCUUUUUGUUCUUAAUCCAUGGUGUCCAAAGGCCCCCGAGAUCUGUUCUCAUUCUGGGGAGGAGGAAAGGAAUCGAUUCGAAGCGUUCAGAAUCGAGGCGGCAGAUUUCAAAAUAUCACCGGGAAAAGGACUUGUUGCCAGAAAAAGGAAGAAGAGAAGGAAAAUUUCAAUGUUCAUGAUCCACGUUUCGAAGAGAGAGUAUAAAGCAGAUGUUACCAAACAGAACAGCGCCGCGUGGUAUGGAGUGGCAGAGGCGUAGAGCAGCCACGUAGCAGGCGGACGUUUCCACCGCCGAGACGUGAGGACGGAGGCGUUAAACCCUCCUCUCCCCCUUCGUUUCUUUUCGCCUUCCGCCGCCGUACGAGCAACCGGUGCCGCUCGUCGACACGUAGACAGGAAGAAGGCAAAAAUGGCGGGGUGGAGCCAUGGAGGGGUCCCACGGCGGAGAGGAAGAAGGACGCUUAACCUGCGUGACCGAAUCCCGUUGGCCCUCGUGGCAAGCGGCCAUGGGAGUUUGAUCGAAGUUCCACUGGCCGACGGCCGCCACGUUGCCACCAUCGAGGGGUCAACUCACACAGUCGAGGCCCUUCGGCCACGCCCACGUGCCGGUGGAGCCGGUGGCCGCUCCAUGGAAGGCUCUCGUUUAAACUCCUCCCUCCGCCCCUUCCCUUCGCGGGAAGGCCAACGUAAGGACCAGAAUCAGAGAGGCGGAGAUUCUUGCUUUUCUUUAUUCACUGGCGGGCGAGAGUUCCGAUGCAGAAGGGACUCUGAGGGGCCUGGAUGACGGAGGUUUGCCAGGAGACGGUGGGGGAGACCGCUUCGCCGUGCGCGCUGAGGUCUAGGGCCGCGAGGCGGAGGAGGAUGGAGAUGAGGCGCUUCGCCGGCGCGCCUGGAUCCGUCGUCCGGCGGGAGAGGCGGAGGGGCGGUCGAGGUCCCGAGGCGGUGGCGGGCGAGGGCGAGUCCUCGACGUCGCCUCCGGCUGGGUCUAAGGACGGGGAGCCGUCGUACGGUCUUGUGUCGUCCUGCGGGAGGUCGAGGGACAUGGAGGACGCGGUGUCCGCGCGGCCUCGCUUCUUCCGGCCGUCGGAUCCGGACGCCAAGCCGCUGCAUCUCUUCGCCGUCUACGACGGCCAUGGCGGAUCGCACGUGGCAAUGAUGUGCAAGGAGCGGAUGCAUCGGCUGGUGGCGGAAGAGCUGGGGAAGGGCGCGGGUUUCGCGGGAGGCGACUGGCGGGGCCUGAUGAAGCGGUGCUUCGCGCGCAUGGACGAAGAGGUGAUGGAGGCGUGCUCGUGCGGGGGGCCGACCCCAUGCGUCUGCGAGCAGGCGAGCCUGGUGACGGACGUCGUUGGGUCGACGGCGGUGGUCGCGGUGAUAGCCCCGGACGUCGUCGUCGUCGCCAACUGCGGAGACUCCCGGGCCGUCCUCUGCCGCUCCGGCAGACCUGUCCCCCUCUCAACCGACCACAAGCCGGACCAAGCUGAUGAACUGGCAAGAAUUGAGGCAAGUGGUGGGCGUGUGAUAUACUUGAACGGUCCUCGGGUGUACGGGAUACUAGCUAUGUCCAGAGCCAUAGGCUCAAUGAAGCGACUCUAUUCAUACUGAUUGUGCACAACUUAUCUCUGAGUAAGAUCAUCUUUGCCUACAUGACCAGGAUACAAGCGGAAGUCCACCUGUUCUGUUUCUGAUAGUUCGUUGUUUUUCCAGUGUUUUAACGGCUUUGUGUGGUUUCUCGUAAGGGAUACUGCCGGGGUAUGAGACUGCUCCAGAUGGUUCUGAAAUACUGGUUGCCUGCCUCAUCGCCUAGCAGGAAGGCGCACCCUUUGACUCACUGCAUGGAUGCGCGCACAUACACACAGAGAACCGACUAUGGAAAGUCUAGGAAAAUGCAAACGAUGUGGCGUUAGGAUAGAAAACACCGAGCCAACAUGGGGAAAUCAUACAUAGAUGACCAUAGUUCAUAACAGAUUCAUUUUGAUGAUCUUUCCCGAGGUCUUUGGAUUGGAGGCUGCAGUCAAGUUGAGAGACUGGCUGAAAUUUAUGCUGUCACUUUAAUUUUUUGUUUUUCCUUUUCUCAUUUUUCCUGUUCAUAUAUAAUAGUUAGCGUUUCUCAACUGAUCUUCAUUUGUAGAACAUCUCGACCUUCACAUGUAGAAAUCAUAAAGUUUUAGGCUGACAAAGAUCAAUUCUGUAAGUAAAUCAAAAUAGGAGCAAACAUAAGUCAUUUUUUACUCUUGGAUUUCUUGCCCUGUGGCUGCACUUUCUUGGCUUAUUCCAUUUGAACAAGUAGAACUGGACCUACACCAUUCGAACAAGUGGAAGGAAGGGUGAGACCAUGGUUUCAUGAGGCUGAUCCUGAGCCGCCAUCCAAGCACAAAUGCCUUCAUGUGAAAGAACUUUUUUAGUGUAGAAAAUAUCAGAUUUAGGAUCUUCUGCCAAAUUGAUUUCUUGGGAAACAAAUUGAUGGGCAUUCUUAUCAUGGGAAAAUCCCACUGUGAACUUUGAUUCAUCUUUUGUUCUUUUCUUUUCUUUUCUUUUUUUUGUCUUGCUGAUGUAACACAGUCCCAUUCCUUAGGUUUAUUUGUAGUUUUUUAGAAUUUAUAAGAAUUAUGUCAGAAAAAUGGCUACCCCAAGUGUUAUUUCUAUGCAAGGAAUCUGCUGAAUUAAAAUCACUAGAUUCUAGGAGGAUCGCUUUGGAGGUCUUAGUUCAAGGAUGGGAAAAGGGCAGUCCCAUGUUUCUAGUAGAGAGAUCAGUUUGGUUUGAGUGAUACAUGUAGGCCAUGGCUACGUUAAUGAAAAUUAAUAACUUAUUUCCUAAUAACAUUGUCCUCAAAAAUGUUAAAUUCCACACUGUGCUGGUAAUUCAAGUUGAUAGCAGGCUGUAGUGACACACUGAGCUUGCUGCAAGAAACUUAUUUGGAAAAGUUCAAUAGAUGGUAGCUUUUCAUCGUAACUAUGUAUCUCCAAUUAAUUUUCUUUUAAAUCAUUCGGUGAUAAUCUUAGAAGUUGAGAAAGAUUGGAAAUGUAAUUGAUCAAUGUUAGUCUCGCAAGGGAGAUUAAAGUGGCGACAACAAUACCUUUAAAUGCUGGCCUGAAUUGUUUGCCUGUGGAUGUAGCUAGGCAAAUGUUUGAUUUCUUCUUUACAGUCAAAAAAUUAGACACAUAUGAUGAGCAGCUUACAUGAUUUGUUUAGUUCUUGUAGAAUAUGUCUGAUUUUAUAUCACGUGUGUUGAUCUGUUUUUCGUCUUGUUUGAGCUGUCUUUUAUUUCCAUUUUUGAUGCAUGUCUCGGGAAAAUUUCUAAGAAUAUCGAAGGAACCUAUUAAGAAUAGGGUCAAGACUAGUGUCAUUUUUCUUCCUUGUGUAA